AUGUCAUCCGCCUUGUUGGACGAGGCUGCGCGGAUUGCCCGCCAGUUCGACUUCCCCGCCGAGGGGGUCCAACGCGGGGUGAAAGAGUACAUCCGGGAGAUGAAUGAAGGACUGAGCCAGGAGGGCACAACUCUGAGCCAAAUCCCGACGUUCGUUACCUCCGUGCCAAAUGGCACAGAGAAGGGACUGUACCUAGCCGUAGAUCUUGGCGGUACCAACUUUCGCGUGUGCUCAGUAGAUCUACACGGCGACAAUACCUUUUCUCUUACACAGUCUAAAAUCAUGAUCCCUCGUGAAUUGAUGGCUUCCGGCACCUCCAAGGAUCUCUUCACCUUUUUGGCUCGCCAGAUCGAAGCUUUCCUGCGCAUCCACCACAACGAACAUUUUGAAGCCCAUCUCCAACGUCGACGUGAAGGAAAGGGUGAAGAGGAAUUGUUUGAUUUGGGCUUCACUUUUAGUUUCCCCGUGCGCCAGGUCGGCAUCAACAAGGGAACCCUCAUUCGCUGGACGAAGGGCUUCAACAUUCCCGACGCCGUCGGCCAUGAUGUCUGCGCGCUAUUGCAAAGUGCGCUCGAUGCUCUGGAGCUCCCCGUGCGCGUGGCCGCUCUUGUCAAUGACACAGUUGGAACCUUGAUGGCCCGUUCAUACACCUCCCCUGGUGAGACUGGAACCUUCCUUGGUGCCAUCUUCGGCACGGGUACCAACGGCGCCUACGUUGAGAAGCUCGACAAGAUCUCUAAGAUGGCUACUAUCGAACAUUCCGACUACGAUAAGACAACGGGUGAAAUGAUCAUCAAUGCUGAAUGGGGUAGCUUUGAUAACCACCUGAGUGUUUUGCCCAACACCGUCUACGACCAGCAGCUGGAUGAGGAGAGCAACAACCCUGGCAUCCAGAUGUUCGAGAAGCGAGUUUCUGGAAUGUUCCUCGGUGAGAUUCUGCGCCGUGUCCUGAUUGAUCUGCACCGCAAUGAAUCUCUGGGUCUAUUCAAGCCCAGCGCCUCGUCGGAUGUUAUUGUUCCAGAAAACUCUACGCUCUUCCGUCAAUGGGGCCUUGACACCAGCCUCCUGAGCUUGGUUGAAGCUGACAACAGCGAGAGCAUGGAGCCUACCAAGACGGCAUUGAAGGACCACUUGAAGAUCGAACGGGCCAGCACCACGGACUGCAAGGCUGUCAAGGCAAUCGUGCAUGCUAUUGGUAAGCGCGCUGCUCGUCUGAGCGCCGUGCCUCUUGCUGCCAUCCUAAUCGCCACCAAGAAACUCGAGACCAAUGAUCUGGUGGACGUUGGUGUCGACGGAAGCUUGGUCGAAUUCUACCCUAACUUUGAGGGAUACAUGCGUGACGCCUUGCGUGAGGUGCCCGAGGUAGGCAUUGCCGGCGAUAAGAAGGUGCGCAUUGGUAUCUCGAAGGAUGGUAGUGGUGUUGGUGCGGCUUUGAUUGCCCUGGUGGCUAGCAAGGAAGAAGCCAGGAGGAAGGCCCAGUAG